AUGGUUAACUUGAAGGUGCAGGGUGCAACGAAGAACCCUAAGUUGAACCCUGUGGAAAAUCGUAAAUCUACUACGACCCAGGAGACGGUGGUUGCUGUUGAUAUAGAAGCUUCGACUUCAGGGCUUUCCCAGUGUGAGAAAGAUGCUAUCCCGGUGGAUGUCUCAGCACCGGUGGAGAAGGAUAAUACUCCAUCGACAGUAGCUGCGCCUUCUGCUGAACAUGAAGCUACGCUUGCAAACCCUAAGAUGGUGGGUGCUAAUCGAUUUUCUGUUCUGGCUUCGGUUGUGGAGAUUGAAGAUGAACUUAGCUCUGAUGAGGAACAUGUAGAGAAUGUUUUUGUGGAAGAGUCGCCAAGGCAAUCAUCGAAAGACCUCAUCCGCGCUUUGGUGUUGGUUAAUCAUGCUAAGAAACCGGGGAUGUUAUCAGAUGACAAUGCCAUCGGUCUUCGAAGCUCUGUGAUGGAGGAAGCUGCUAAUGAGGAUGUGGUUUGGUCAGAGGGUGAGAAAGAGGAAGCUGUGAUCAUGGGUGAAAUUCUUGUUGAGAAUACAGUUUCAAAAAAAAGGGUUCGAAAAUCUAAAGCUGAGCGAGCUGCCAUGAAGGAGGGGACUAUCCUCCGGCGGUCUGCCCGGCUUAACUAG